AUGAGCCUCCCACGUACCCCUCCAUUGUGUGUUCUGGAAAUUUCGCAAAGCUCUAUCAUUAGUAAAACACCAAGGCGUGAAGUUCAACCCCCCACCAAAAACAACACCCAGGCACCCCUUCUUCCUUCUCUAGUAACUAAACCGACCACAGCGCGAGUAUGUCCGGAAUAUUCCAGGGAUCGAGAAACAAUGGAACUUUAUUUCUCGGAGGAGAGAAAAUUACAGGGUCGGAUGUUAGAGAUCAGAACGUUCUCGCCACACAAGCUAUAG